GCAAGGCACAAAAGAGGCAAAAAGGCUGGUUGAUACACAACUCACUGCAGUAAGACAGAGAUCCAAUGUGAGCGUAAUGCCACUGAAGUGACAGGAUGAUAUGUUAGGCUAUUCAGUGUUACCAUGCAUGCAGUAAGCAAAUAAACCGGCUGUAGUUGUAGGUCUGGCAGUGUAGGACAUUACUGUUGCACUGCUAUCCCGCACUGUAAGGUUUGUUGUCACAUUAAUAUGUUACUUAACCUAUUAGAUGUCUGCAGGUCAGUGGAUCAUAAGCAGCAUAAGGAUGAUGACUGUCAAGUUUGUUUUUCUGGAUGGCAGAUUUCAUCACAGAUUCUCUGUGCCUUCUGUCUUUGUUGUCUUUGUCCACAGAUGCUAACAUAAAAAGUUACUGCAGUGGGGUUUAAAAGUUAGAGUCCACUUUAACUAUUUGUUUUCAUCAUUUAUCAAAACUUAACCAAACUUUAGUUUUUUCCUCAGCUGAUGCAUUUUAUUCAAGAAUUUAUUAAACUCUUUGACACUCACUUUUUUGACACACACUUGAACACACCCAGUUAUGGGUCAGCUGUUGUCAUCAGAAGAGGAGCUUUCUGAAGUGAAGGAGGCGAUCGGCUGUUGUCUCUAUGACGCCAUGUUAGAGGGCGGUGCUGCACCCGACUUGGCCGUGGUCCAUCCUCUCCUCCUAACCGGUCAAGAUGAGAGCUUGGAUUCCAGGGCCCGUCUCCAGGGGCAGCUGCGGAAGCUGCAAGGUGACAUGGGAAACCGGGCACCGGCCUACCUGAAGGAUCUGAUUAGCCGAUUGGUGGCGUUCUCUGAUGAGCCCCGUCUGGCCAGCCUCGUGGGACUGGUGGUUACCAUGGUGAUGGAUAUGGCCUAUACGUCUAAGCGGUCAUCAGGUGUGACCGGGAAGUCAGCGGGAUCGUCAUCAGGCCAGCAGAGAGUCCAGGAGCUCCAGGAGGUGAUGGAGGAGUAUCUGAAACGCUGCAGGAUCAACCUCGCUGACCACAGAAGACUGACCCAGGACACGGUCAGACUGGAGGCCCAGUUUAGCCUCAUUCUGACGCAGCUGAAGAGCUGCCUGCUGAGGGGAGACUGUGACUCAAGGUCUCUGAGGCAGUGGGCCAGCGGAGCAGCAUUUCAUACCCAGAUGUUGGUUCACUUGGCCAGGCUGGAGGGCCAGGCUGAGCCCCUGGCUGCCAGGGCCGCACUGGAGCAAUACCAGGAAGACCUCACUCAAAUUAUACCAGCUUACAGGCAGUACAAAUCCCAUACAGUUUCCGUGGUGAAGUGUCGGGGGGAUCUUCAUGGACUCCCCAGUGAGUUGGGGGAGGAGGGAGCCAUGACUGGAAUCACCGUGAUGGACAAAGAGACAGGAAAGAGUGUGACCAUCCCUUUGUCUGCCUUGGAGAGAGAGACAGGGAGAAAAAGGAGAGUCUCUGGGCCAGACAACACCUCAGCACCUGUGUACUCCUCCGCCAGUCUGGACCUGAUCACCUCAGAUCAGUACGCCCAGGCAUACCUCGACCACCUGUUCUCCGAUAAGGGCCCUGUAGCAGAUUUAGAGAACUACUUUACCAAGGCCAGCGAUAAACUGAGCGUGCUCAGAACUGAUCCAGGAAGUAAAAACGGGACAGGAGCAAGUAAUGGGACAGAACUGAUUGAUGGAGUGCAUCUUAAAUGCCAAGCAGAAGGAAUGAGUAGAAAAGAAACAAUGGACUGUGAAAAUGAUGGCAGAGGAGAGCGGAGAAGACUACGUGAAGAAGAAGAGAUGGCGGGAUGCGAACAGAGAGACGAAAGUUUAAAGCUGAGCAUUGUGGAGACUGAGCCGACUGAGGGCCUGAAUCACCGUCCUCCUCAUCCAACAACCACAUGAAGAAGUAAUACGUCAGUGAUUGAUAAAUCUUGAUAUUCACUUCACGGUCAGUUUCAGACCAAAAUGAUGGCGGAUCACCGACCAAAGUGGCAAGGAGAUUGAACAAACUAAGGCCUUGUUCAGACUGCAGGCAAAUCAUAUUUGUUUCUCAAAUCAGACCUUUACAACAGACUGUCUGCACUGUUGUUUGCAAGUGAUUAGAUCGGAUUUGUGUGCGGACAUCACCAAAAUAUCAGCGUGGGUUGCUGUGGCAGCAAUGUAGGGGUCAGUAACUACGUAUGCUGACGACAUGGCUUUUCAACACAGAAGCAUGAGAAAUGUACAGACUUUCUAAAAUCAAUCUAGAUACAAUCUAAAUAUCUCAAAAAAUGAACUUGGGCUGGCAGCCUGAACAAGGCCUAAGCUAAUUACGCAAUCUCUGUUUGGAAGUUUACAGAACCCUCAUGAAUGUUCUCUCAGCUGGUUGUUGGAGAAACCAUUAGCCAUGUCACAAUACUGCCUAUUUCUUAUUGAACUGUGACCCUGUUUCUAUGGUUACAAUUCUGAAAACAGUGUGGCCAUGGAUGCUAGCAACAGAUUUGGUUACAACUCUGUUGAUGGUUGCCACAGUUUCUUUGGUUACAGUUCUGCAGUGGUGUAGCUAUAUCACUGUGACAUCCUGGGUGCUUGUCACAUAUCAUCUCUCUUCUUCGCUUUUGACCUUGCCAUCUUUCUACACUUAAACUACCAAAUAAAAGCUAAGAUGUAAACACUUAUCUAUCUCUAUAUCUAUCUAUAGAUAUACAUAUACUGUACAUAUAUGUAUAUAUCUAUAUAUCUAUAUCUGUAUCUGUAUAGAUAGAUAAAGAGAUAGAUAUAGAUGGAGAUAUAGAUAUAGAUAUGUUGUGUCAAAUGAAUGUCUCUGGUGCUUAGCUGCAUAAUAAGUGAGAUAUUGUACAGCAAGCCAGUCAUUGUUGCAAAAUACGUCCCCUCAGGGCAUCAAAACCUGUCAAGACUUGCUGUCAAGACUUGCUCACUGUACAUUAUUCCUUACAUAACAUUAGCAGUAUAAUAGGAUGAAGUGGCCACUACCACUGCAGAGUUAAAUGCACUGCACUGCUGUUUUCAUUCUUACCUCACGUCCCAUGAAACAGGCUCACCGCGUGAAUUCAGGUGAAAUCCCUGAUCCCUUAUUGAUUUCACCUUUAAAUCCACUUGAGUCAUGAAAGAAAUAGAAGGAGAAGACAGGUUAAUGAUGGAUUUUAAGCCUUGAGACAACUGAGAUAUGGACUUGUGCAACUUUCCGCUUGGAAGGUGGUUCAGAACAGGCUACCUACGCAGCUCUGGGAAGUCUGAGCAAGUGGAGAAUGGAUUUUAUCAUUUCUAAUGUCUUGAAAAGUCUGCGAGCGGCACAUGAAAUUUAGCACAGAGGUACGCUUGUAUGGAGAAUUAUUGUUCAGUCACGAUAUACACAAAUGACAAUUCAUGUAUUUCUUGAUCCACUGUCACUACACACCUUAAGAUGUUUGUUGUGUUGAAGGAUGGUCUUCAGCUAAAGAGCACUAACUGUCCAGCCAUGAACAGCUUAUCUCAUGCUGACUGAAGUUCUGGAAACAGGACAGAAUAUUGCAAGAACACUGUCUAACAUUUUCUUACCUGUAUUGGAGAUUUAGAGGAAAAUUCUGAACUGUUACCACCUAAUUGUUGUCAUCAAUAUCUCUUCUGUGUGUGACAUUAAAGAUGCUCCUCCAAAUACAUUUUCUUUAUUAUGCUGGUACUGAUAAUUGAGGUGGCGCUUAUAAGGCAUUAUACUGGCAUCAUAAACACAUUACAAGCCUCUGUGGGUGCAUGAUAAUUGUCACAAUUAGAGCAUGAUACAAUAAACAGUGUGUGAAUAUUUA